AUGCACAGGGCUGGACAGAACGGCGCAGGCCACGGGCCCGCGAGGCCCUGCGAUCUGACCAACAUUCCCAGCUGGGACUCGAGCGCGGCGGCCCCGCACCCGGGCGGGGACACGCCAGCCGGGGCGCGCCUGGCGACCCAGCUGCGCAACUCCCUGGGCGGCCGGCACCUGGGGGACCUCGCGAGCCCCGGCGCCGCGCAGUCCCCGGCCGUGCGCGCCCCGUCCCGCGCCGUCACGGCCAACUCCGCGGACUGGCCGCCCUCACCAAGCCCGCAGCGGCUCGCCGCGCCGGUGGGCACCAGCGCUGAUGCCGCGGCUCUGCGGGACGCGCGACCGCUGGUCCGCUCCACGGGCACUGCGGGGCAAACGGCCUCGUCGAACGGGUUCAUCUCGCGCGACAAGGCGCCGGGGGACUCCUGGGAGCCCCAUGGGGGACGGACGAGCAACGUUCUCGGCUCCGAGCGCUCGAUUUCGAUCGGCCUCACCUCGACGCCGCCGGAUUCGCAGAGCGGCCACACCGCCGCGUCGUCGUGGCACUCGUUCGUGCCCUCGCCCUCGUACCGCCGCAACGCCGCCCCCGCCGCGCGUCCGCCGGGGACGCCGCCGGCGGCCAGCCCCGCCGGACCGCCCGGGGGGGGGUUUUGGACGGUGCCACGGAAGCUGGCUGCGUCGGGGCGGACGGCGGUGGCGGGGGGGCCGGUGGACCCGGGGCAGACGCGGUACGGCGUGGCGGAGACGGUGGGGUCCGGCAGCAGGGCGAGCACGGCGGGGCCGUGCAUCGCGUCGCCGGUCCCGACGAACGGCACCGGCGGCAGCACGCCCGCGGCGGUGGUGGCGGCCGAGGGCCGGGCGCGCGGCGUGGCGAGGGAGCUGACGUUCUCCGCGGACGUCGCGAGGCAGGCCGAGGAGGCUGCCCGCGAGGCGACCGACGGCAGCGGCCGCGGGGGGUCGGGCGGGGCCAGGGAGGGGGGGGGUCGCCGGGACUCCCCGGGGGCGUUGGCCGCGAGCGUGGAGUUCGGGGACGACAUCGCGAUGGACGACUUCCGUCUGUACGAGGCCGCGGAGGAGGCCGCCCGGAGCCGCGCCAUCGGGCCCGCCGCGUCAUCCGCGGUGGGCAGGUCCGCGGCGGGCGUGCCGCCGCUGCAGCUGAGCCCGCCCGUGGGGCACGUCGGCGGCGGCACGGCGCCGCCCGCGGCGCGCUCGCCGCUCGGCGACAUCACGGGGGGCGUUGCGAACAAGCGCCGCACUCCCCGGGGGGUCCCGCACUCGUCGCUUGACUCUGGCCUGAACAAGGCGUUCGGGAUCGCCGCGAGCCCCGCGACGACGGCGCGCGGGGCGCGGGGGGGCUGCGGGCUCGCACCGACACCCGAGCAGCCCGCGGAGGGCCGCCAGUCCGCGUCAGGGAGGGAGGUGUUCGAGGCCCCUCUGAAGAUGAACUCGGGCCUCGAGGAGCGCAUCUUGGUGCUGGGACCGCAGAUGGCGCGGGUGGGCAAGGUGCUGCUGUGGGCGGGCAUCGUGCUGGACCUGGUCUCGAAGGCGUCGCUGUUCCGCGAGAUGCACCGGAUGCUCUCGAACGGCCACGGCGGCUGGUUCGCGAUGCUGCUCAUCUUCCUGGUCACGGCGUGCACCAUCAACGCCCUGUACUGGCGCUCGCACUACACCUUCUACGACACGCACCCCGAGGACGGCCGCACGCGCUCCAAGGUCCUCGGCUGGAUGGGCCUCACGCGCGCCGACGACCGCAAGCUCAUCAAGCUGCUGGGCACCGCCUGCGCCGUGUGCGGCUUCGGGACGCUGUUCGCCGCGGCGUCCGCGCUGCGCGCCAGCGACGUCGCGCAGCGCCACUCUGCGUUCGAGGUCAAGGGCAUGCGGUUCGCGGACACCGUCCUGCUGACCAUGCCCGUGGCGGUGCUGCAGACGUACAUCGGCAUGGCGUGCCGGUCGCCCGACGUGGAGUGCGCGGGGCGCACCGGCGUCGACGUCCUGCUCGGCCUCGGCAUCUCCGCGUCCAUGGUCGCGGCGACGCUGUGCUACGUCAGCCUGGACCUGAACGACCGGCGGAUGUUCGAGGAGAUCACGGGGCGCUCGCGGUCCCCCGUGCACCUCCUGUGGGUGUGCUCCUACUUCACGUGGCGCAUCCUCGAGAUCGGCGCGCGCACCGUCGCCGUCGCGCUCUUCGCGGCCUCGCUCGGCGGGUACAUCUUCCUCAUCCUCGUCGCGCACGCCGCCGCCAUCCUCCUAAUCCUGCGCUUCUGGCGACAGAGCGCGGUGUGCCCCAUGCACCACCACGCGAGGUUCUGGCGGAAGCUCACGCGCGACCAGGAGCGGCCGGCGGUGGCUGCGGGGGACGCGUCGCCGCGCGGGAAGGUCGCGGCGGGCACCACCACGACGCCGCGCCCGCCCGCGCACCUGGCGCGUCACGGGCGGUGGCAGCGGUUCGUGCGGUGGGCGCGCGGGCUGCCGGUGCCGACGGACGCGUGCGUGCUGCUGCUCUCGAUGCUCAUGCCGCCGGCCGGGUUCGUGUCGGACGCCACGGACCCCGCGGGCACGUUUUGGUGGAACUCGAAGCAGUGCGGCAGAAGGCGAUUCUCGAGUCUCAACUCCUUCAACGCCAUCAUCUACUACCCGAUCUACCUCUGCGUCCAGGCCGUGGAGAUCGCGAUCCUGCUCGGCUCCGUGCGCUCGGCGGUCGAGGAGUGGAACCUGAUGUACAUGGAGUGCGCUCUCGCGCUCACCUCCCUCUGGCUCCUCUCCACGGGCCUGCACACCUCCAUCACCUACCUCCUCGACUCCCGGCCGGGCGGGGCGUUCGCGGUGGGCAAGCUCUGGAAGGGCGGGCGGAAGCUGCAAGGGGCCAACAGCAGGGCGCAGCGGAGGACGCAGGGCCUCGACGCGCCGCCGGUGCAGGGCCCGGCCUUCGACGCGAUCGCCGAGGGCUCCUCGCAGGGUCCUGGUGCCCCGGCGUCACCGCAGGGGGGGGUUGCCGUGCACGCGGCGAUGGAGCUGCUGGAGCCGGAGGGGGCGGUGGACGCGGAGGAGCGGGCGAGCUCGGUGACCGGCGGGGGCCGCGCGCGGGUCUCGUUCGCGGCCGCCGGGCACGCGUCGAGCCCUUCGUUGGGGCAGGCGGCCGGCGGCGCGCCGUCCCCGUCCGUCUGCGCGCCGUCCAGCAGCGCCGACGACCCGUACGCCGCCCGCAGGAAUCGCGCGCAGACCCCCCCGCCCGCGUCGCCCGGCAACGACAUGUGCGCGUCGCCGGCGGCCCCGUCGGCGCUCGGCGUGUCGCUCUCGCUCGAGGCCUCCUCCCUCACGCAGUCCGGCCUCACCAGGAACACCUCCGGGCAGCGCGUGCUCCACUCUCUGUCGCUCGCGUCCAUCGCGGCAGCGCAGCGCCAAGACUCCGGGCCCGUCUGA